UUCGUCUUCGGUAUUAGGGUUUAUCACUGUAACAGUUUUCUUGAAGCUCCCAAUCAAUGGAUAUUCCGACUUGAAUCGCCUCUCACCUAAAUGCUAUUAUAAUAUCGGUCAUUAGACGGCAAUCGUUAUACAGAAGAAAUUGUAGGCAAUGAGGUUUCUUCGAUUAAUUUCUCCAUAUUUAUCACAUAUCCGAAAAACCUUCCCUCAGAAGCGUUUCCUCAGUCUUCCACUCUCAAUCCAAUCGAAGCUCGAAUCUCCGGUAGUCACGCGUGGCUUCACAUCUUCAGCACAGGAACAAAGACCCGAACCGUUGAAGAGUGUAGCCGCGAUCGUAGACGAACUUUCCUGUCUCACUCUGCUCGAGGUCGCUGACCUCACGGAGGUCCUUCGAGAAAAGUUGGACAUCAAGGAGAUGCCGACUAUGGCGGUGAUGAUGCCGGGGAUGUCUUUUGCUCCUGGAGCAGCUGGAGCAAAGAGCGCUGCUAAGCCCGGUGGUGCGGAGGUAGCUGCAGAGAAGACGGCGUUUGAUGUGAAGCUUGAGGCGUUUGAUGCUGCAGCUAAGAUCAAGGUGAUUAAGGAGGUGAGAUCGUUCACGGAUUUGGGGCUAAAGGAGGCGAAGGAUUUGGUAGAGAAGGUGCCCACUCUGUUAAAGAAGGGCGUCACGAAAGAGGAAGCUGAGAAGAUUAUCGGGAAGAUGAAGGAGGUUGGCGCAAAGGUUACCAUGGAGUGAGGCUUCAUCAGAUGGAAUCAUUUAAAUUUAUGAAGAAUCAGUUUGCAAGGCUUCAUUGAUAUGGCCUAUGAUAUUCAGUCAUUGGAAUGGUUAGAUGGUGAUGAAGACUGAUGUAGGUUUCUUCAUACCGCAGAGCAUUCUUUAUUACAGGUCAUUUUAGUAUCUUCAGUGACUAAAAAGCAUAUUCAGCCUGAAGCUAUGAUUUUCCAAAUUCUUACUUUAGUGAUAGAAACUCCUUUUUUAGGAGUGUUUUACAACAAUGAAUGCAAUUGGAUACAGAACUCUAGAAACUGUACCUUGCAGUUUUCCAAUGUUUGAUUCAAUUGAUAUUUUUUGUCCUUGAAUAAAA